GCUGCUGCUGCUGCUGCUGCGGGCAACCUCCUUCUCCUCCUCCCUCUCCCUGUCGAGCAACAAGGUGGGCAGCCCUCCGGCUGCCGCCGAUGCUCUCGAUCCCGAUGUGUUGUCGCUCGCAUCCUUAGCUCGCCCAUCAACCGUCACACCCAAGGUUGACUACGACCUCCGCGCUACUGCCAGGUGUGUUGCGAAACUGCCUUGGCCCGCUCUUCCGGGGUUCUACGCCCCUUGACCUCGCUCCCAAAGAGUUCCAGCCCCGGAGAUCAGUCUCCCAACCAACGAGCGCCGGUUGCGGUGGCAGAUGGCAGAGCGAGCGAGGAAUAUCGGCGGAAUACGAACAAUAACCGAACGAAGUAGCAGUUGCCCGGUUCUGAUCUUGGUGUACCCACAGCAGCUUCCGGGCCAGAGAGGACCUCGAUUAGAUGUAAACUCUACAGGGCACAGAGGCCAAGUGCCACGGAAUUGCGUGCCUUCCUCGACACACGCACCCAAUGAUGCCAGUCUCCUUCUCUGUCGGCGGUGUGCAGCAGUACCUACCAGCCUGCCGUGCGUCGUCCGCUUGGUCUCCAGGGAGAGAGAAGGGGGGGGGGACGUCGACAGGUACCGAAGCCUGGGAGAGCGCUGGGAGGUGUGCCUGUUACCUCCUCCAGCUGUCUGGAUACUCCGGUGUACAACACAACACCAUCUUCGAAAAAUCAAGCAUGGGCGAUCGGGAGCUGCUGCAAUGGGUGUCCGACAAGCUCCACGACGUGGUCGGCUUCAGCGAGAGCUCCACGGCGCAGUUCGUCGUGGCCCUGGCGCGACGGGCGUCCAAGUCCGGCAAGGGGGCCGCGGCAUUGUUGGCCGGACUGUCAGACCUGGACGUGCCCGCGAACGCCACCUCGCGAGCCUUCGCGGCGGAACUUAUGGCCAGGGUUGGAGCCUCCGGGGGCGGGGCAGGGGGGCGCGGCCGCGCGCUGCAGCGGCAACAGCAGCAGCGGCAGCCCACGAACGCGGAGCUGCUGAAGCAAAGCCAGAGCUACGCCCUGCUCUCUAGCGACGAGGAGGACGGUGGGGGGGGCUAUUCUAGCCUCAAGGCGAAGGAAGACCGACGGGCCGAAAAAAAGGCGUUAAGGAAGCGGGAAAAGAAGGCCGCCGCCGCUGCCGCCGAAGCCUCUUCUUCUGGGAUAGGACGAGAUAGCAACAAGAAGGGGGGGGGGCGGCGGAGGAGACGGGGUGGGGGGGGCGGGGACGACGGCGAGUCUUCGGAGGACGACACCGUUAUCCGGCCGAGGAGAGCUCGCCCGGAGCCUGAGAAGGAGGUGACGGAGGAGGACCGUCUGGAGCUGGAGCGGGAGCGCGACCGCGACGAGAGGGACGCCCUGGUGGAGAGGAUGAUGGAAAAGGACAAGAGCAAGACAAAACAGAUGGAGCUGGGGGGCUUGACGCCGGCACAGAUCUCUGAGCUGGCGACGAGAGGGAAGGUGACGUCGGAGUCGGGCGAGCAGAGGGACCUGACGACGAAGGAGUUGAGAGAGAUUAGCCGCCAGAUGUACCUGCCCAAGAGGGCGGAGAAGGAGCUGAAGCUGUUGGAGGCGCAGCUUCAAGACGAGGAGAGCCUCUUCCUCAACGAGGGGGUGGAGCUCACCGCUGCGGAGAAAAAAAAGAUAGAGGUGUCGAAGAAGGUGCUGGAGCUAGCCAAGGACCCCAACAGGCACGCCCCCAAGACGGACGCCUACCAACUCCCGGAUGCCUACGAGGACGAGCAGGGGAGGAUCGACAGCCGGAGAAGGGAGGACGCGCUCACGGCGAGGUGGGUAUCCGGUCACAGCCGUGCAAGGGCCAUUCACGCUGCGUUUUCAUCGGACCAGGCUACGGUAGAAUAUCACCAAGCGUGA